AAGAAUCUGGUGCGCCUUUGCGCGGAUGACAUGGACUUGAACGCAUCACUCUCUCUCCAUUUCCUUGCGCAUCAGCUGCACUCGGCAGCUCACAUGGUGCCCCAAUGAACCCUCGCCCUCACGCAUCGUCCAACAUACAAUGGAUUAACAGGAAAGACAUGAAUGUCCGCACAGAGGACGGUAUCAGCCUGUGCCAAAGGGCUCUCCAAAUAGUGACGGAGUUGUGCCUCGCCGGGCACGUCGACCGGGAGAAAUGCGCGGAUAUAUUUCCACUGGAGAGCAACAUACCAGGUAAAGGAAGUUCAGACAUCUCUGUAAGUCUCCUAGCUGUGGUCGUAGGUUUCUGUGGGCUCGCCCUUUUGGUAGUCUCUCUCUUUGUCUUUUGGAAGCUGUGCUGGCCCAUUUGGAGAAGCAAGGCGCUCUCGUCCAAUGCUGACAGCUGCCCGCCGGGGGUGCUGCCCGAGGCCCCCCUGGCCCAACCUCCGGUGUCUCGUUCUGUUUCUCCUCAUCUUGAGGCCAAGGCACUUGCAAUUGCGGGAAGACAGCCAUCGCAAGUCCAGCAAGACGAUGAGGACGACAAGAGGAGGAAGGUACCAGAAGUGAAGGUCAAUGGCCGCAGCUCGGUUAGGAUCCUGGAGGCGGCCAUGAAGAUCAGCCAGACGUCACCAGACAUCCCUGCUGAGGUGCAGCAGGCUCUGCGUGACUGUCUGAGCAAGCAGGCCAAAAUCCAGAGGCAGACCACUGAACCUACCUCGUCCUCCAGGCACAAUUCUUUCCGCCGACACCUGCCGCGGCAGAUGAAUGUGACCAGCGUGGACUUCACCAUGGACACUCUACCUGUGCGUCAGUCUUCUGCAGUCAGUAUUGGCCGUAUCAAACCUGAGCUGUACAAGCAGAAGUCUGUGGACUCUGAAGAAGGAGCCAAGGAGCCGGUGGAGACGUGCGGAAAGCUGAGCUUUGCCCUCAGCUACGACUAUGAGGAACAAGCUCUUGUGGUUCGCAUUCUAAAGGCCCUGGAUCUGCCCGCCAAAGACUUCACAGGCACCUCCGAUCCCUACGUGAAAAUCUACCUGCUUCCAGAGCGCAAAAAGAAGUUUCAGACGAGGGUCCACCGCAAGACACUCAACCCCAUGUUCGACGAGACGUUCCGUUUCCCUGUGGAGUACAGUGAGCUGUGCAAUCGCAAGUUACACUUCAGUGUGUACGACUUUGACCGCUUCACGAGUCAUGACAUGAUCGGUGAGGUGGUGGUUGAUAACCUGUUUGAGCUGUCUGACCUUUCACGUGAAGCUGUGGUUUGGAAGGACAUCCUUGCAGCUACUACAGAGAGUGUGGAUCUGGGUGAAAUUAUGUACUCCCUUUGCUAUCUUCCCACGGCUGGACGCAUGACCCUCACCGUCAUCAAAUGUCGCAAUCUAAAAGCCAUGGACAUAACUGGCUACUCUGAUCCAUAUGUUAAAGUCUCCCUAAUAUGUGACGGUCGGAGACUAAAGAAGCGGAAGACGACCACCAAGAAGAACACGCUCAAUCCUGUCUAUAAUGAGGCCAUCAUUUUCGACAUCCCACCUGAGAACGUGGAGCAGGUCAGCCUGUCAAUCACGGUGAUGGAUUACGACAGAGUUGGACACAAUGAAGUGAUAGGGGUGUGCAGGACAGGGCCGGAUGCGGAGGGUCUUGGAAGGGACCACUGGAAUGAAAUGCUAGCUUAUCCACGCAAGCCCAUCACCCACUGGCAUGCACUUUGUGAGUGGCCAGGAAGAGCAUCCAGUUUUGAGAGUCAAGGAUCAUGUCCAUCCCCAAAACCUCCACAGACCCCAUAAUGUCCUGGAAUCCACACAAUCCUAACUGCAAAACAUAUUUGGUUUGUAUAAUUAAUACGGUAUAUUUUCUUUAGUUGUAGCUUGUAAUGUUGCAUUUUUAUUUGAAAAAGGACUAAACAGUACUGGUAUCCCUGCUACAGACACAAUCAAGUAUCCAAAUCUCACAAUUUCUCUGACAUUUUGCUUUUACUGGUGCUGAGUUUAGGAGCUCCUAAAACAAUAGUUUUCAGGUCACUUUGAAGCUGACAGUGAAAUAAUGCGAAGCCUCUUGCUGUUUGACAGUAUAAUGAUACCAUGUCAUUUUACAGACGCAUGAAAUGACAGUGUUUAUCAUUUCAUAUUCUUGAACGUUUCAGGUACAUAUUCUCAUGUCUGGUGAAAAUAUUUAACAAAUUUGAUGCAGGGUUAGGGGAGUGAAAACAACAGGCAUUUGAAUAUGAAAUCAAGACCUGUUUGAUAUGGAUAAACAAUCACACAAUCAUGUGACCAAAUAGAUAUCAAUGCCAUCUUGCCAUUAUUUAUCAAGCCUCUAAUAUUUCUUUCUUUAUAUUAAUAAAGAUCACUUUACACUUGUUAAAAAACUAAGGGUGCUGCUUUCACACUUGAUUCGACUGCCUGGUCCGAACCAGAGUUCGAUUGCUCCCCCCUUCCCCUGCCCCUGCUGGAUUGUGUUCACAAUAUGUUAUUUGGGUCCGAACCGCAGUAAGCUUGCGUCUAUCUGCUGCGAAUGUACUGCAAAUGUUUUAAAGAACGUGAGAGUCCAGCAGAAAUGAGAUAUACAUUCUCUGCUUGCAGUGCAUCACACUUGUCAGGAAAGUGAGUGAGAACAUGCACAAAUACACAGUUUUAUUAAAUCAUAUGUCAUCAAUAGAGGUUCACUUCCAUGAUUUAGUAUGAGUGUGUUCAUAUCAGCAGCGAAUUGUACCUGAUUUCACAUGAACCGUAGCCCAGACCACCCUUUAUAUGCUGGAAAACAGCGUUCACAUCAUCCAGAUGAACCAAAGUCUGUCGUCAGUCGAACCUGGGUGCGCACCAAAAGUGCUAGUGUGAAAGCACCCUACGCUGAGAUGUCAAAAGUCUACAACUUUUAUCCAUUUGAGACAGGUGUGUUAUGCAGGAUGGAUAUUCCUCUAGAGUCUGUCAUCAUGAAUCUGAGAAACAUUAUGAAGGAGAGAGCAUAAUCAAAGCAUGUUUACUAUACAUAAAUGACGAAUCUACAAACUAAAAUCAUUUGCUUGUUAAUUGAUGCUUUUAAAGACUCGUUAUUUGAAUAAAACUGUUGUAGUAUACUGAUUUAAAGACAUUACAAUUCAAUUAAACUUAAUUAAAUUACAUAUUAAUCGAUAUUUAAUGAUGUGCUCAUCGUACUUGAACGUCUCAGAGUUGUUAAAAAAUGGAAAAGAAUCCAAUAACUCAGCUGUAAUACUGUAUAUAUACACAGGAUAACAGGAUAAGAAAGUAUAAAAAUGUAUAUAAAAAGAGGCACAAAUCUAGCAGGUAAUUGUUUUGGUAGGUCACUAAAAGUUAACUUAAGAGCUGUCAUAAUGUGACACAAUGUUUCUUUUUUUUCUUAGCUAGCAUGUGCUGAAAAUUAUGUUACUUACACAGUAGCCAAAGAUGUAGCGUGUUUUGUUGUUGUUAUUGUUUAGAGGGAUGGUUCUCUCAGUUCAAAAUAGAACAAACAUCAUAAAAUAGUUGAUUAUGCCCAAUAUUAUUAACAUGCAGGAUUUUAAAAAUCUUUUUAAAUAUAUGAAACACUUGCCAAACAUUAAAUUCUCAUAUCUAAAAACAAUCAUCCCUCUCCCACUCCUGUUCUCCUGUCGUAGAGUUAUUGAUGUAUUAUUGAACUGUCAGUGCUUACAGGCAAAAACAAAUAUUUCCUUUACAAUCAUUUCUGAAACUACUGUAUUACAAGCGAGAAACAUAAUUGUGCCUGAAACACUAGACAAAGUAAAUUAAAAAUUUGAUGGAGUCUGGCACUCUAUGCUGUAAGAAAGUUGUGUGUAAUUUUGUUAAGGUGCUAUAAAUAAUUCAAUCAGGCAUAUAUUAGCAAAAUAUACUACAGUAUAUGCAGAUCCAUCUUUAGAUGACAGUCAAAAGGAAAUCAAUGUUGAUGCAUCAUUAAUGAUAAAAAUUGAUGUUUAGCAUUCUUCAGAGGGGGUCGUGGAUAAUUGGUUUGGGGUAAAAAUGUUAUUUUCAAAGGAAUUAAUAACAUCUAAAGCAAUUAACGCCAUUGAAACAUCUUUCUUUCUUUCAAUUGCACUGCCAACCGCACAAACUACAGGUACAACUGAAAAAAUAUUUAAAUAUUUAUUUAUUUAAAAUGAAUAGCCAAUAGAAAUUUACAAGGUGUUGUAGUCGAGUUUUGUUACAGUAUGUCAGAGAAUUAGUAUUCAUUGCGUGAAAUCAUCCAGCAUCUAUUCAGUCGGUAUGCAAAUAAUAUGGUACACCAUGGUAAUUGCACACCUAACGUUUUAAAGAUGGACCCUCACUUUUGGGUAUUCUGAGUGUUUGCUGGUGUGUUCAUUAAGUAAUAAUGCAAUCAUGGCAAUUACACAAACGGCUGUGUACUGUUAACUUUGAUUUGCACAUGAAGACAGUGCUUCUGCCCCAGAGCUCGGUCGGAGUGAUAGAAAAAAGAUGAAGUAUUCUUGUAGCAUGCUGAUACCAGUACAUAUAAAUAUGGUUUCGAAAUUUAUUAUUUCUGAGAGGUAGUAUUUUUUAUUUCAUUUAACUUUGCCAGUGCCGGCAUGUGUGUAUAUAAUUGAGAAAUUCUUCGAAUUGUUAUCUUGUUAAAGUGCAUUUCUAUGGAUCGUUUGGUGGUUGGUUUGUACUAUGGGCUCGUGAUCUUGAAUAACUUUAUACACAAUUUGCAUAUAUUGUGUAAUGGCUUCUAAAAACUGUACAACUGUUUUGAUUAGCACUCAACUUCCUGAAAUGAUUUCUUGUUGAGCUAUUGAUGAACUGCUUCUCAGUGAUUUUUUGUCAUACUUGCACCAGACAACUAAAAUGAUCGCUAUAUGUUGUUAUGAUGUGUACAGUUUGUGAUAACUUUUUGUAAAAAAACAAAAAACAAAUGCAGUAAAUAUUUGAAAAAUAAUUUUACUGGAUGUUUCAAAUGUAUUUUAACUAAAUAAAUUCUGAAUUGUCAGUGUA